AUGGCCAUUGAAACCCUUUCCCCUCGCGACGUCCACGCCACUCUGAACUACUAUGCUCCCAAGGACGCCGAAGGCCCAUACCACUACGUUUCAGAUCCCCCCGAAGGUGUCCCCAAGACCAACGUCACAACUGAGCCGCACGAGGCGGUCAUCCACAAUGUCCGCGGCAAGGAAGACACCGUCGGCCUCGAUAAGACCGGUUUCCAAUAUGUCCGCUAUCCCAGCAAGGAGAAGCUCUUCAAGGAUGAGGAAGCAAUCAAGACUGCAUACUACAAGGAAGUUGAAGAUCUAUUGAAGCAGCAUGCGGGCGCCAAGAAGGUGUUUAUCUUCGACCAUACUAUCAGGCGUCCUCCUACGCCCGAGACUCAGAACACGAAGGAAUAUCGGGGCCCUGUGCAAUACGUCCACGUUGACCAAACCACCGAGGCUGCCAUCGCCCGUGUCCGUGACCACAUGGGAGACGACGCCGAGCGCCUCCUGCAGGGUCGAUUCCGCAUCAUCAACGUCUGGAGACCAAUCGAGAACACCGUUGCGCACAACCCGCUCGCGCUCGCGGACUUCAACUCCGUAGACGUCGACCACGACCUCAUUGCCGCGCGCCUGAUCUACCCCCACAAGGUCGGUGGCACGUUCACCCUCCAGCACAACCCAUCGCACCGGUGGAACUACCUCGCGGACCAGACCGUCAACGAGGUCGCGCUCAUCAAGUGCUUCGACUCUGACUUCAGCAGGGCGCGCAUGACUCCUCACACAGCCUUCCAGGACUUGACCAGUCCAGCAGAUGCGCCUCAGAGGCAAUCAAUCGAAAUCAGGGCCCUGGUUUUCGAUCUCGAGUAG